UAGGAAUGGCAGAUAUGCAUAUAUAGACUUUUGAUACAUCAUAAUAUCACAAAUUAUCAUGUUUCAGUUCAGUUAAGGAUUCUUCCCCAUAGGAUAACACAUGUCUUAGAAAGCUAUAAUUUGUAUUGGUUUAUUUUAUCCCCAAACAGAAGUUGACGACCAUGCAUGUUUAAAUGUUGUGGAGGAUAGAACAACGAAAGUUUAUCAGUAUCUAACAGAUACUCAAAAGAAAACUUAACGAGGCUCAUCAAAGCAACAAAAUCAUGUUUUCAAUGCCAAGCAGUUUAAGAAAUUUGAUAUUGGAAUUCACAUCAAUGUCGGAACAAACCAACGAUACGUCAAUGCCACCGACCAAUGAGCCAACAACUCUACCAAAAAAUAUGGAAUCUCUAAUUAAGGAGGACACUUUGUUCACCACUUUACAUGGGUACGAAGUGACGAUAGGAAUAUUGGUCAUUGCAAUAGUUAUGGCAAUAAUCGGAACUGUGAUUAUUUUGUUAAAUGCAGUAUUACUGCGGACGUUAGUGAAAUGUAGAAGUCGUCUGGAGGUCACAGACCUUCUGAUAAAGGGUCUAGCGGUCACAGACUUGAUGAUUGGUGUGUUACUAAUGUACAACACUGUGUACAACAUUGUUAACUUUCAAAAUCGCUACGAGUGUUUACUUCGAAUUGGAAUGAUACACGCCAUGCUUCUCAACUCUACCGGACACAUAUCAUUGCUAACAGUCAACAGAUAUGUGAAAGUUCUCAAGCCACUUCACUACAAGCAGAUUUUCAAAAAAUGGCGAGUGGUUUUACUCUCAGGAUUUGUGUGGUUCUUUUCAAUUCUCUUUGGGUUCCUUCCACUUUUUGGCUGGAACCUGAACUACGUUCCCAAAUCAGCCUCGGAUGACACUGUCUGUCGCUAUUUUGCUGUGGUUCCACCAGGUUACAUGAUCAUGAAUGUCUCCCUAUUUUGGAUACCUCUGAUCCUCAUGGCAAUCAUGUACUCCCAUCUGUGUAAGAUAACGCUGCGACACCAGAAGGAGAUAUCCUCGCAGCAUCGCUCCCUGCAAACAAUACCUUGCAUGCCUCUGGAGAGCAGCUCCUGGCGGUUCACUAAGACCGUUCUCACAGUUAUAGGGGCCUACUUCUUCUGCUGGCUGCCAGCAGGCACAUUCUUCAUCAUCCAAGUAUCUGGCACAGUCAACUCUCUCUCCUAUGAUUCCCAAGGAAACAUUCUAGUAUUCACCACAGCUUUCGGUUUUCUGAACAGCAUUUUGAACCCUCUCAUAUAUGCCACAAAAAUUCCGUGCGUGAAAGCGCAAUUUAAGCAGACGUUUUGUUGCAAGAAACCUGACCGUCGGGCUUCAUGGCAUAGUUUCAUCUAUGAUAUUGAAAGUAACAUUAGUAUUGCAAACAGACGCCGAGUUUCCAACGAUUGUGAACGUUUGUGACAAAACAUUAAAAAAUAUGUAUAAACUUCAGUCCAAUUAUGAGCAACUCUCAAAUGACAGUGAUAUUUUCUGGAUCAAAAUACAAAGUCUAGCUUAAGGAAACCUGUGAUAUUCUUCUGGAAUGAAAUACAAUGACAAUCAUUUAAGAUGAUGAUAUUUUAUGGUAGGAAAUACAAUGACAAUCAUUUAAGACUGUGAUAUUUUCUGGAAUUAAAUAUAAUGACUACAAUCAUUUAAGACUGUGAUAUUUUUCUCGAAUGAAAUAAAAUAAUACUCAUUUAAGACUGUGAUAUUUUAUGGAAUGAAAUAACAUCACAAUCAUUGAAGACUGUGAUAUUUUCUUAAAUGAAAUACAAUCCCUACAAUCAUUUAAGAAUAUGAUAUUUUUCUGGAAUGAAAUACAAUAAUAUUCAAUUAAGACUGUGAUAUUUUUAUGAAUGAAAGAAAAUGACCAUCAUUUAAGACUGUGAUAUUUUCUUAGGUUGAAAUACAAUGAGUAAAAUACCAUGAUUAGCAUAAGGAAGCAUGUAAUAUUUUUUUGAUUGAAAAACAGGGCAAGCAUAAGAACAGGUGAUAUUUCCUGUGAAUAUUUGAAUGGGCAUGAAAGUACAGAUCUUAACUUAUCAAUAUGCAUCUUUUGGUAUGAUUAACUUAUGCAACCUAACAAAGUUUAUGCAACCUUACUAAACUGGAAUCAUUUAAGUAUGUAAUAAAUUAAAAACAUAACUAUAAACAGGAUUAUAUUGUUCUGAUAUCAAGAUUAUUUAGAUUUGCAGAAAAAUAUCAACUUGAAGUUCCAGCUUAAUCUCAAAGAACAAAUAUCUAUUUAUUUUUAAAAUAAAUUUGUAAGUUAUUUGUUUUGGCUUUCUUUAAAAUUCCAUCAAAUGUAAUAAUAAAAUGAUUUAAAUAGGAAAAUGCUUAUGUACAUUUUAAAGGGUACAUGUUAUGUGUUUAUGUUCAUCUAUACAAUAAUAGGUAUUUUGAUAUGGACUCUGUAUAUAGGUCCUUACAAAGUGUUGAAUGGCAGCUGUUAUACUGACAUUGGUAUUGCAUUUUAGCAAUAUAAUUCAACGUGAAUUGCAGUAAGAUACCUAAUUGUUUCUUUAUGAGCAAUCAAUGUUUAGUUUUUAAAUGUGUUUUUUUCCGCACAUUUUCAUAUAAUCAUCAUCAGCAGCAGAAGUAGCAGCAGUAGCAUCAUCAUCAUCAUCAUCAUCAUCAACAACAACACCAACAACCCAAACAGAACACACACAAAAUUCACUAAGAAAGUGGAAAUGCCAGAAGUACUCCCAUAAGAGAGUGGUGUUUGAUUUUACAAACUCUGUAAUGCAUACUCAAUAUGGACUAUGAGAUUAAACUAUGAUUUAAAUAUUUUGUGCCCUAGUUUUUGUUGGAGAGAAAUUUUAUCAAAUGCAUGAUUUUUUUAAGUUUCUCGGUUGUCAUAAAAGUGCUUCAAUUUUGAUGUUUGUGAUAUCAUUUAAAAUUAACUGUUCAAUAAUCAAAACAGUGGAACAAACCCAGGUAUUAAAGUGAUUUUAUACAA